UUCUUACGUCGCGGUCUAGCUUAGAGACGCUCACUUCCGGGGAGCGAUGGCUGACUUUGAGGUGGAUGAGAAGUUUAGUUUGAAAGAAGUGCUGAUCACAUUUCAGUCCUGUCUUUCUGACAACGAAGAAGUCCUAGUCGACAGCUAUGUAGCAGGAUGGAGGGUUCUAGUACGAUUUAUGAACAGUCUGGGAACUAUCUUCUCAUUUAUCUCAAAGGAUGCUGUGAACAAAAUGCAGAUUAUGGUAAACCACCGUAAUGGCGAAAAUGGAGAUAAGUACCUAACGAUUCAGUCCAUGGUACAAUAUGAGCUAAACAACAACCUAGUGGAUCUUAAGAAGAGAGGUGACUACUCAGAGUCAGGCUGUCGCACAAUUCUCCGCCUCCAACGGGCCUUGCUUUGGUUGAAGCUUUUUCUGGAAAAACUGAGAACCAGCUCAGAAGAUGAUAAGACAUCCAUCAUGUGUACAGAAGCCUACAAUGACUCACUGGCACAGCACCACAGCUGGGUAAUCAGGAAAGCAGCUACAAUGGCUUUCUACGCUUUGCCAGCGCGCGCCACCUUCUUUGAGGUUAUGAAUGUAGGUACACAAGAGCAAGUAGUUAGCAUGUUAGAAGAAGCCGUGCCUCUAAUAUCUAAAGUUCAUGAGAUCACAGAAAACUUGUACAGCCAGAGCAACCUGCUUGAAUUACCUUAAUAAUGCACUUACAUGGACUAACAAAGGAGUGAUACGUCUAGAUAAUAAGAGGGCAUCACAUGUGUACUACUGUUAUAGUUGUCUUCAGGUACUGCUUUAUAUUAGAAUAGAAGGAAAUAUGUUUUUUGUAUGUCCUUCAUUGGUGCUUCAUUACUCACUUUUUAGUAGUGUAUUCCCUACUAUUUUGCCAUAUUUUCAUUCCUAGAAAUUCUAUUGGGCACAUAAUCAAGACCUGCUAAUAUUGGGAGUUUUUACUACGGUAUUUUAAUUGCAAUCAUUGGUUAGUUAGACUCAAUGGUAAUUUUCUUGCACUUUUUUUGCUUAUGUGUAACUAUGUGACUCUUUGAAAUUCAUUAUGAAAUUCGUUAUGCUUGGAAACACAAUAUCUAGAUAUUUUAACAUCAAAGUACACCAGUAAUCAAAAGGAUUUUACACAUUUUAACUAAAAAGGCUGAUCACAUAUUUUUGAUGUAGUGGGUUUCUUUUUUUCUGCUUUUUAGAAAGAAGCUUAAAUGUUUUAUUACUACACACAAAUCUACUGUACACACAUAAUUAUAUACAUAUGUGAAAAUACGGUUAUGUCUCUUGCCUUUAUCUGUGAAGCCCUGAUUGUUAUAAUGACUAAAUGGGACCAAACAAGAUGUAUGUAAUUGAGAGUGUGGGAGGCAUUUGUCUCACUUCUGUGUAUGCUGUUUCUAUGUAACAAUAGUACUGAUUGUGAGAAAGUGAAGAAGAUUCUGUGCUUUCAUAAACUUCCCUCUUGUAGUUACAUAUCCUUUUGGUUUGCAUGGGAGUGCUGGGGAUUAUGUCAGAUUUGUAAGAUUGCCAUUUGUGUAUUUUAGUUUAAAGGAAAUAGCUGAAUUCUUGUUAAUGUAAUGUAGAUUAAUUUCUUUAAAUAUUGUUAUUGUUGUACUCUGCAAGAGGGUAAUUCCUUUUAUAAUACCGUAAAUUAUAUUUUAUUUGUUUCUUACUGCUUGCCCUGAUAAAGUAUUCAUGUCUUCUGCUUCUUUUGAAGCUUUUUUUAUUUGAAUGUCAAGAGUACAGUAAUCUGAAUUUAGAAGAACAAAACUGAUAAAUCUCAAUUCAGUGCUAAAAAUAUCUUAAUUCCAUGUUUUGUAUGCAUUAUUUACUUGUCUUGCUGCUCUGAAUACACAGAGUAGUCAGGAUUAGAUGUUGUCAUUUCACCCCAGGGCAUUUUAUUAUCUUUAGACACGAGUGUGUAUUGGUCUUAUGACAAAUAAAUCACGGCCACUGUUUACUGUAGAUUUAAUAUGUUUGGCCCUUCUAGCUCUGUAAUGUAACUUGACAAAUUAAUUUGGUUUGUAACUACUGGUUAAGUAAUUGUGUAGUUUUUAUGUGUGACACAAAGGCAAGAAAAACACUUUUUUUGAAACUUGAAGUUAUUUUUAAGGAAUGUUUCAAAAUGUUGUGUGACUGACAGAAAAGAGGAGUGCAGCAUUUACAAAUCAUUCAUCUCCAAGCUUCAUCCCAUAUACAAGCCUACUCCUGUUGUAAAGCUAUAAAAUGAACUGAAACGCCUGACAAAGUGUUAACAGAAAGGCGGUUUAUAUUAAGUAUUUAAUUAUGUUUCUUUCCUGUAAUUAUGUCUUUGGAACUUUUUCAACAAGACUUUAUAGAGUAAUUUAUUUAAUUAACAAAAUUGUCAUUUGUAUAAUUCUUCAUGGUUAUAAUCGGAGUUCCUGUACUUUGGAUAUGUCUUGACUAAUUUUAUAGACAUUUUUCACAGCACUUUAUAAUGGUAUUCAUUUAAAUAAAAUGUCUGAAAAAGCAAA